UGAUUCUGAGGGUAACUCCUGAUUUCGCGGUUCUUCUCGGUCUGCAGCAGAGUCUGACUCCUUCGAGAACAAUGGGUUCCUCAACAUGCUUAAGCUGAUGCAGAAGAAGGCUAUAUGAGUCUUGAAGUCAAAGGUGAGGACGAUGAAGCAAUUGUUCUUGAGGCGGAAUCGGAGCCAAAGCCUAGUGGUGUAAUUGAGGUUGAAGAUUUUGAGAGUAACUCAAAGGUUGUUGCUUUAGGGAGUAGAGGGAUGAGGAUAAGGGAGAGAUUGGAGGAGGAGCUGAGUCCCGUUGAGUUAGAAGUUGAAGAUGUUUCUCACCAGCACGCAGGACAUGCGGGUGUUAGAGGUAGUGCUGGUGCUGAUGGGGAAACGCAUUUUAGUUUGCGAGUUGUGUCGGAUGCUUUCCAAGCUAGAGGCUUGGUGAAGAGACAUAGGAUGGUGUAUGAUUUGUUGCAAGAGGAGUUGCUGAGCGGGUUGCAUGCUCUCUCUAUUGUGGCUAAGACUCCUGCUGAGGUUUGAGGGCGUGUUGCAAUGGAAGA